CUAGCUUGUUCUAGUGCGACUUAUACAAUGCCAUAAUGCACUACUAUCGGAUUUGAGCUUUAUAUAAUCAGGACACCUACUUCAGUCUGAAUUCGGGCGUACAGCGUUAAGUUUACUUUGUCUGAAAUGUCUGUCGGAGCACUGGUGCCGAACCACACAGGCAAAUCUGUCUACUUAACUCCUGAACAGAGCCCAACAGCCCUCCACAUAUACGAUCCUUUCGCAAAUCCCGAAGGGCUGGAUGAUUUAGAAGACGAGAAAACAGACAAAAGCGAAGAUUCGCUCUUAAAAGGGGCACACCAACCUGGCCAAAAUGGCACGAAUGCUCCUACAGAAAAGCCAGGGCUACCAGAAGCUCCUCCAAGGCCACCUGGACAAGGGCAUUCUGGUUACUUUGACCUUAAGAAAGAGCCUCCGCAACUUCCCUUGAGAUCACCAAAUGAACCUGCUCGUUCUCUCAAGCCUACGCCAACACCACCAACGAGAGCAGGACCCGCACCUUUCAGACAGCGUGCUACCAUUCCUCCUCCAACCAUCGAUGAAGAUGAUUCAGCAUCUGAAGAUGGUAAGAAUGGUCCACCGAGGUACACGAGAGAGCUACACAAGCUCAUUGCGUACUUGAUCCCAUUGCCAAAACCGAAGUUGACCAAAAACACCGAGAAUGAAGACUCGUUACCAGAACGAUUCUUGAUUUACACACCUCCACAGCCACACUUUUUGAAACCAGCAAAGGGGAUAAAGGAGCCGAAGAAGCAUUGGUGUAAGAGGAAGCUUCAAGAAGAGGUUCAAAAAGCAAAGAAAUUUGACGGAAAGACUCUCUCAUUGCGAGGUCUACACAGCAAAACCACCAAAGGAGUAGUAUGGGCAAUCCACCGCAUCAAAUCCACCGACAUCGUCUUCCUAGGUCGCAUCCAGAGCGAAGAAGUCGAUGAAAUCGUCCUCAUCUCCCCCACCAGCGUAACACACACCAUCCCCGAAAUCCGCGAUGAAUUCGUCGCGCAAAUCACCCGCACGAAAAAGAAAGCCACAAAAGAAGCCGCUAUAUCCACAUUCCUGCUGCCAGUAACACUCACAAUCGACACACUCGCAGCGAUCGUUUGGCCCUUUGGCGGUCUCUUCGAAAUCGACGUCGUCUGGGCCUACGCCAGCAUCAAAGGCUGGAACACUUCUCGGAUAAUCACCAAACGUCUUGGGGCUCGCGAUUCAGCAUUUGGGAAGUAUGGCGGGAAGGAGAGGGAUUUGUAUUUGAGGUUUCAGCAGGAUGAGAAGAUGGAGGUUUUGAGUAAGUAUCUGGCGGAGUGUUGUCAUAAGAAGAAUCCGCGGAUGUUUGAUAGUGCGGGGGUGCCACCCACGGAGAUAGAGGUUAUGAGGGCUAUUGGGUGGACGCCGGUGGUUAGGGGGAGGACGGGGGGUGAGAGGCAGGAGGGCGAGACGGGGUGGGCGGAUGAGGAGUGGCAGAGUGUGGUGUUUGAGGAUGAUUUUAAGGCGACGAUGGAGAGGGGAGCUGGGAGUUGGAGUAAGUGGUGUGAGAAGUUUGAGAAGAAGCCGGAGAAGAUGUUGAAGAAGUAGAACAUUUCGGAGCGAGGUGCAGUGGAAGGAGGAAAGUGGAGUGCGAGAAGCUCUUUCUUCAUGUAGCAUACGAU